AUGAUGUCGAACGGGAAGAGGAAUCUGGCGAGGGUGUGGUCGGAUGUCGCGAUGGGCGAGCUCUCCGUGCUGACCUGCCUCUGUGGGCUUGCCUUCAUCAUGCAGUACAGCGUCUUUUUCAUGCUCAUGUUCAAACAGCCGGGCAUCAGGGACUUCAACGCCCCGUACUGUGAAUCUCUCCAUUAUAUCAGCGACAAGCUCGCGAUGGACAAGGGUGUGGCGAGCCUUAUGGUGAUCAGCGGCGUGCUCUCGUGGGUGGUGAUUGGGGUUAUCAGCGCGAGGCAAGACACAUGGGUGAACCGCGGUAUAUUCGGCUGGUUGGCCACGGUGGGGUAUGCGGGAACAGUGGCCGUGGUCCUUUUCAACAACACCAGCAACAACGGGGAUAUUCAUCUUGCCGGGGCGGGUGUGUUGGCUGUGUCGUACAUUAUUGCACAGAUCAUACUGAGCCUGAUCUACUUCGCCGAGAAGUCCAUAUCGAAGAUCAGCAAGUGGUCCGCCCUAGCGUUGAGCUUUGCCUGCCUUUGCUUCCUUCUCGCGUACAUUAUCGUUUACUUCACUAUGGUCUACUUGAAUUCGCCCUGUCGGAGCACCGUGGUGAUACUCGAGUACGUGGUCUACCUGAUCACUUCGUUGAACAAUGUCAUUGUCUAUGUCGCAUUCACGGCUAACCAUACCCGCAAGAAAAUAGACUUCUAUGACAGGAGGAAUGGCAAUAUUGGCAUGGAUUUUGUCCCUGUUGUGCAUCCCAAGGUGGAACUAGAAAGGCUCAUUUACUGA